CAGAGGCAAGCGAGUGAAAGAGAUCCUCUGUUGGGAGGAUCAUCAGCACCAAUAGCUAAUGGACAAAGACCUGUGUAAGUUGAUUUAGUUUUUUCUAUGAGAUUUAGGAACAGGGCUGUCACUAAAAUCUUCUCCCUGGCUACUUAGAGCGUUACCCUAGGCUACUUUCACAGAAAACAAAAAGAAAAUAAACCAAAAGAGCACCCUUGCUGUUCAUUCCCCCAUCUACCAGUAGCAUACACCUGACAACUUGAAAUCUUAGUUACAGCCCUAAAAAAAAUACACGAAGAAAAUAAAAUAAUAUGUUAACCUGUUGAUCAGUCCAUAGUUGGUGUACCUGCUUGACUUGUUGGCAAAACAUCAGGGCUCAAAAUAAUGGCCAGGCAAUGGACAAUGUCCGGCCAAUGUGACCAAUAAUCGGGACAAACUUUCUGUUGGCUGGUCAUUUUGACCGGGAAAUAAAAUUAUUCACAUUAGUUCUGAACGUAAAAAAACAGUUCAAUCAUAAAAUAUUUUAGCUGCUUGUAGUUAUAGAUUCAGAGAAUACAUAUGCAACAGUCUCAUUCUGCAGCUCUGUGAAUGCCAAUUAGCAGUUUUCUCAACAUUUUGACCAGUCACAAACGAGGCAUGACCUUGCUAAAACUUGUUUGGCCAGUCAACAUGACUGGACACUGCCCAAAAUGAUUUUGAGCCCGGAAACGUGUAUUUAUUUUAUAUCUGUAGAUCGUUAUAAAUUUUUGGCAUAUUACUGAUUAUAAUGAUGAUGUUGCCAGUAAACAAAUUUGACUGUCUUAAUAAUAAUAAUAUUAUUAUCUAAUGUUGAUGUUGCUGUACUGUAUUUGCUUUGCAGAGACGAUAUUCAUAAUUCCAGCACAGGCCCUAUAUCAAAGACAGAUGAACAGGCUCUACUCAGUAGAAUACUUCAUCAGACAGCACAGUAUGUUACCAGACUGAACACUAAAAUUUACCACCUAGGGAAAAUAAUGUUUGAACUUUUGGAAUUGACCAAAGUUUUUGAAAACAAAGUCAAAUUCCCAACCUCUGAACAAUGAAUCUGUUGUACUUUUUGUUGCAUGAUCGAAUUGGGAUGACUCUCAGUUGUGUGUGAGAAAAUUAAAUUCAGGUUAAAAUGGUUUCAUCCUAAGUUGAUUCUCAAUUUGCUUUAUCUCCUUUUUUAUUUAUGAUCAUAGAUUGUCAGGGCUAGGAAAAUUGACUUAGGCUGAAACCAUUUUAACCUGUGAACUUUUUUUUUAACCUACAACAAAUCCACAUCAAGUUACUCUCCUCAGAGUGCUCUUUAUUCUAUUUUUGUUACUCAAAGAAUUAGAAAACUGAAGAAGGCUAAAAUCCCUGACAAGGGGACAAGGAAAUAUAAAAAAUAGUAUCAUGUUACAAAAACAAAACUUGCAAACAACAGCUGUUGCAAAUUCUAAGUUGCAAUGUACACAAUUGUCCUUCGUUCUUUUUCAAUACAGCGACGUUAUAGAUGUGUCUUCAAUUGAACCUCACAGUAUAGAAAGAACAGAGUAUAUGGAAAGAUCAAGACAAUACAUGUAAGUUUUGGAUAGUCGCAGUUUGGACAUCAUCAAGUCAAUUUUAGGUUUGCUUAGAUGUCCUGUUUCCCUUAUCCUCCAAGUAAUACUGGUAAAUAUCAUUGAUUUCUUAGGGCCAAGCUAUCAGGUGUUAAUAAUUCCAAUAUUCAAAGCGCUACUGAACUUCCAGCUGGAGUUAAGGUCCCACAGUUAGUUCUUGCAAGUGAACCUGUUCCACAAUCAGAUGUAGCCUUUGUAAGUAUUGUUAUGGUCUGUACAGUAUCUAAACAUACCUGUUAUAGGAAUGAAUGGUAUUGAUUCCCAGAAAUGAAGCAGCUCUUCAGCCAUAUGUGUUGCAUCACUAAGCAUUAUUCUGACCUUCUCUUCAUGUUGUUGUUUGUUUUCUGUUUUCAAAUAAUUGAUGGGUCUUUUGAGCAACAAAUCUGAUCUUCUUAGCAAGGGGCACUUAGCUUAUUUUCCUGCUAAAAUAUACCUAAUAACAAGAAAACAAAGAGCAUCUCAAAAUAUCUUAACUGUAACUGAAACCAGUUCAUCCUAAACAAACCUCACGAUUGUAUAUCAUGGUCUCCGACUGAAAUUACCUUUUAAGUAUUGUUCUUGAAAAACAAGAAUGGAAUCAAUGACUUUACUUUGUACUGACGCUUUUAGUGCACUGGUGCGUGGACUGAAAAGGAGACAAAACUUUUGAAAGGUCACUUGCUGUUUUCAGUUAGGUUUUCAUUGCCAAGAUAUUCAGUUAUAGACAGUGUGCCAAAAGGAACUGUCCAUGAAGCAGAGUUGACAAUAUACCGUAAAAUUCCGAAAAUAAGCAGCCCCUGGGGCUUAUAUUUUUCAAAGGCACUUUUUGAGGGGCUUAUCUACGGAGUGAAAUUUGCUUUUCAAAAUCGAUUGGGCUAGCCUUAUAGUUAAAACGAAAUUUACCCUUUUUGCGUUCUUUUGAAUUUGAGGGCAAUUUCCAAAUACAGGCCCGGGGGGGGGGCUUAUAUUUGGAGGGGCGAUUUAACGGAGGGUUUUUUGCGUCACAUGUUUGGGGGCUUAUAUUUGAAGGGGCUUAUUUUUGGAAUUUUACGGUAUGAUAGUUUGUGACUAGGGAUGCAGAAAAGUGUCCAUUGUCCAUAUUAACCAGUGUUUGUGUCCAUAAAGUGCUCAGGGUUCCACUGUAUUCGCUCAGUGUGACUGUUGUGAAUGAAUUCUCAUUUUUAGGUGAUAAGAGCUGCAAAAGAAGCAGAUGCAUCUCUAUCCGGCUUCCAUGUUGAACCCAGAGAUGCACUGGUGGUAGAGUUUGAAUCAUCAUAGUCUAAAUCCUAAGGAGUAGCUGAUAUUCAAAUAUUUAUUAAAAUUCCAACUAUAUAAUGCAUUCCAUGCUAGUAAUGAAAAUGAGUUUCACAGUGAACUUUCUACCAUGGAAAUGGUGACCAGUGAAAGUUAAGAGAAGGGGGAAACUUCUUUGUUCUUGUUUUCCCCACUUCCUUAAUUUUUUGAAGGCGGAUGGAUUCGAAAGAUAGAUUUAAAGGGGCUGUGUCACGAAAUUUAUCGAAAUUCAAACAGUGAAAUCUGUCACUAAAUUGAGUGAAAUAUAAAGAUAACUGCUCAAAGCAUUAAAGGAAGGUAUAAGCAAGACAGCAAACACAAAAGUAGGCGCGGAUGAACAAACUUGAAGAAGAUUGAAACGGAUUGCAAUUGUGGUUUUGAAAACUUUUUUCCUGACAGUUUUUUCAAGUUCUUUUUUGUUGUUUUUAACGUUUGAUAUAAUGCUUGGGUGACAAUUUGUUUGACACGAAACUGUGGUUUUGUCAUUCACAAGUAAUUUCUCAAGUUCCUUGGUGAGCAAGGAUGUGUAAUUGGCGUCAUAAACAAAAUGAAAUAAUAAGACGUGACACAGCCCCCUUUAGUGAAGAGGCACAAUCAAGAGCCAUAGCUCUUGCUUCACCAAAGUCUGCAAGCUUUAGCUAGUCUAGUCUGAAAUGUCAUGUGUCUCCACCCCCUAACCCGUGGGGGUGGGGGGAGAGAGACCGCGCCCCCUACCGGUGAGGGGGUAGAGACGUAUGACAUUUCAGACUAUAGCCGGUCAAAAAUACCCGCCCGUGUCACCGUUCAAAAUUUUUGAAAGUGAUCCUUAAGUAUCAUACGUGCAAUGUGGUAAACAUUUGUGUACAUCUUCGGUAAUGAAAUUACGUAAAGGAAUGUCUCAAAGUAAUUUUUUUAAUUAAACUUAAAAAGAGAAGAAAAAAAAAAGAGAAAUGAAAGAUGGUCAAUGAGCCGUUCGACUUAAGAUACUUUACGAGAGUCUUAGGUGUAAGCUAGUGUAGAUGAUAAUUUGAAUGCGAAAGAAAAAAUUACAGAAAAAACCACUAGAUUAGGGGCCUGUGGUUCUUCUGGAAAGCCUUUUUCCCAGGGUUCUCCUACGUUCAGGAUGGCAAGACUGAGCUGGAAUUUCACAUGCAGGGCUGCUAAAAUGGUGCUCGAAUUUUGAAGUAUUUUGGUUACAACAUCGCUGGAAAGAUUUCCUUAUUUUGCUCGAAACAAUAGUUUUUCUAUGAAAAAAGGAACAUUUCUUGUCCCUUGAAAUUAGCUUUCUGAAUAGGCCCUCUGUUUGGAAAUAACAGGAGGAAAGCCCAUACUAAGCGACCCGAGGGGAGAUAGGGGGUAAGAACCCCCUUUUUCUCCCGGUCUAUGUCCCCCCCCCCCCCCUUGACAUUCGCUUUCUAAAUAGGCCCUCUGUUUGAAAAAAACAGGAGACAACACCAUACUAAGCGCCCCGGGGGGGGAUAGGGGGUAAGAACCCCCUUUUUCUCCCGGUCUAUGUCCCCCCCCCCCUCCCUUACCCCUCCCCUUUCCCCUCCCCUUUCCUUUUGAGCUUUAUUUCGUCGUGUCUCCUAACAAAUAACUCACUUAAAAGUAACGUCGGUUCUCUAUCGGCGUCAGGUGACAAAAUUCUCGGAAAUUUUGGGAAUAUGCGGUAGGCCUUGUACAGCGGUUUCGUCACAUCAACGGUGGAUACUUCUUAUAUGAUUCUCAUCACCAUCCUAACGCGGAGAAGGGACUGGGAAGGAGGUUUUUAUUUCACCUUGCAAGGUCAAAUAUUUAAUUGAGAAAAAAAUCGCGGACGUAAUUGUGGUCUAGAACCUAAUACCAACUGAGAUUGCGUUGAAUCCUGGACAUGGAAAUGCUGGGCGUAAUGAGGCGUAGAUGACACUUGUAGGUUUUGUUUAAACUCUUGCCAUUCAGGUUACUCUAGUAGAGUAUAUAAAUGACAUCAGUAUUUGUAUUGCCUUUCAAAGAUUAUUUGUAAUAAAAAUGACGAGAUGAAUGCUUCUCAGUUGUUAAAAAUCCUUCAUUUUGUACGUCAAAAUGAACUAUUAAAAUACUGGAUAAAAGAAUGGGCGAAAUUAAACGAAGCGGGCUUAAAAAAGUCUUCUUCUAUGUUAAGCCAAGUUUUGUUGCGUGUUUCUGUUUGUCUGAUUUGCAGAGGAAACAAAUAGUGGAUUGAAGUCUGGGAAUUCACAAGAAAAUCUUCUUUUCCUUUUUGUCCUUCUUUCAUCCCGGAAAUGCGUACAUGACUAAUGCGUUUCCUGUAGUUAUUUCGCGCAAGUGGACUGCAAAUAAGAGUCACGAGUGGUUAUACAGUAUAGAGACGAAUGAAAAAGUUUCAUCCUUCCCCCUUAUUUAAUUCCAUUCCCUCAGUAUCCCUGUAUCCAAUUUUUUUUUUUGUGAAAGUUGUGUUGAUGCUCGAAAGCACUCGAAAGCAAAAAACCUUACUACCACUUAAAUUUUAUUUAUGAUUUUGCGGCACAUGCAUAUGCACAUGUAUAUCGUGACAGCUCAUUUUUUUGCAAAAGUGGGCAAAUUUCUGUUAUAUACGGGGCGACACUUUUAGGUGAAUUGGAUAUUUUAUUGCAAAUGGAUACAUUUUGCUAGAAAACCCAGUGAAUGUUGCCGGCAAAUAAUGACACCGAAAAUACAAAAAUUCUCGUUUCCAUUAUUCUUCAACGACAAUGACAUCAUAACUAACACUUUGAGCAGAUGAGAAGUUUAUGAUCCAAAAUUUGGCAAAAGCCUACUGUUUCUUUGCAGUUUAGUUUGAAUGAAACGAUUAGACCUGCACGAAGCCAUUUACAAUCGGAUCGAAUUUUUGAUUGAUAAGUCUAUUGUUCAAGAAACGUUUCAAAGAAAGGAAAGAUUUCUUAUCGCCGGAAUGUGCUCAAGUGCGAAAAACUCGAAUUUAGAUCGAGGCUGACAAAAGUCUUGUGACUCAUAGAUGUGGUUUUGUUGAAGGUUGUUCUGAUUUAGUUGAUUUUGACCCCGUCAAUCAACCAGCAAUUUCGGAUGAAAAGAAAAACAACAAUGCAAAGCUCUCCAAGACAUGCGGCCGAGAAAACUCCCAAGCGUUCAUCUCAACACGAAUUUUUCUCACCGAAGACAAGUCCAGCACUGGAACAAGGAGCUUCGCUUUCAAUGCCGCAUGGCGACUCGCCUGGAAAGAGCCCAAGUUCUGCCAAAAGAUUGAAGAGUUUCUUUCAGGAUUUGCAACGUGAAUCGCGACAUGCUCUUACCAACAAGAGGGCCAAGAUUGCACAGUUAUGGGAAGGGAGAAGAUGGCGACGUGCGAGCUUAGAAGAAGUGGAACCGUUCGCUGAAAUGGAAGAAAGGGAACUGUCUAGUUAUGGAGCAACAGAGCCUAAAGAAUAUAAUUAUAACCACGAGGAAAAUGAUUCCAAUCACCAAGGCAUGAGUGAAGGACAAAAAAAGUUGCGACUUGUCGACAAUCGGUGUUGA